UAGUAAAAUAACACAUAGGUAAUAGAAAUAUUUCAAUUAAUCUUUAUUGUUAUUUGUCUAAUGUAUAGUGAUUAUGUAUCAGCUAUUCAAUUAAAUAUUCUAUCGUUUACAACAGUUCGAGUUUAUGCUGAAUCAUUUCAAUCGAUUAAAUAAUAAGAAAAUCUUCAAGUUAAAAUCAAAACUAAGUUUGAUUUGUUUUUCUUGUUAUAAAUACACAUUCAUGUUGAAUAAAUAAUAGUGAAUAUUUAAAGUUUUGUUUUUCAAGACGAGAAUAAGAUGUAUUAAGAUGAAUAUGUGGUUGUUAUUAUGAUUGAAAAAUAAAUUCAAUGAAUAAUCAAGAAUGUAUGAAUAAUUCUCAAACUGCGAACUAAAUGAAACAUCCUAUAAUGAACGUUUUCAAUGUCGAGAAAUGGUCGAUGUAUUCCAUUAAAUUAUAAAUAUGAUGAAAGUUAGUCUUUCGAAUUAAUUAUAAAAAUACAAAUUUUUUUCUUCUUCUGUUUCCUCUUCGAAUUUCAAUAGAUAAUGAUUAUCAUCAUAAUAAUCAUGAACAAAAUUGUGUUUCGGUAAGAAAACAAAAUAGAUUUUUUUAUCUUUGAUAUCUUAAUAAAAAAGCUUGUUAGCGCAGCCCCUUUGGGGCUGAAAUGUGGAACUCACAUAUCUUCUUUACUUUCACUUUGCUGAUGGCAACAUAUAUAAUGUUUAAAUUCUCUCAGAGACGAUAAUUCUUUUCUAAUGAUAAUUGAUUGUUAGGAAAUGUUGUCGUUUUUCAUUUAUAUACUUCGAGUAGAACCUUUUUUUCUCGUUGCUAUGUGUCUGUAAUGGGGGGGGAGUAUCCAUGUAAUGUUUUUUUUCGUUGCUAUGUGUCUGUAAUGGGGGGGAGCCGCAAAAACUUGACCUUAAAACUUACACUCACUAUUUUCUUCGAAAAUAUAUGUGAGUUCCACAAAAAUCUCUUUAUAUAGCUGGAAUAAGAACAUGUAAAAUAAAUCAAUUUCAAUGUCGAAAUACUGAUGUUUGUAUAAAUAAUCAACUUGUUUGUGAUAGUUAUCCUCAUUGUCAAGAUCGUUCGAAUGAAUUCAAUUGCAAUAAAAUAAAAAAAGAUUUGAUUUAUUUGGAUUUUUCAAAUGAAAAAUUCAAUUUAAGGUCAAACUUACUUAUAAAAUCAAUUUCAUUAUGCAACAGAAAAUUGUAUUCCUAAAUCUUGGAUAUGUGUGAUAAUGGUAAAGAACAUUUUUUUUUCUUAUUAUUAAUUAUUUAUUUUUAUAUAGAAAAUGAUUGUGAUGAUUGAAAUGAUGAAUAGAAAUUUCAAUGUUUUCAAAUCUGAACAAUUGAAUAUUUUGUUUUAGAAUGAACAUGUGAUUCAUUAACAUAAUUUACUUGUUCUUAUACACCUGGAAAAAUGUAUUCCGAAUGAUAUGUUAAAAAGAAAAGCUUUUAUUUGAAUUAUUAGAUUGUGAUGAUAAUGCUAAUAGUUAAUAAGAAAAAAAGAAACUCUUUGUUUUUAUUGAGAAUAAAUUUUUGUAGAAGUUGAUUGUUCAUCAAUAUCAUGUGGAAAAGGACAAUUUUUAUGUUCACAUGAUUAUCAUUGUAUAAAUGCAACAGAACAAUAUGAUGACAUUGCUAGUAUGAGAUAG